AUGGCGCAAACUCUUCUCUCUUUCAUAUGUGUUUCGUUCACAAUCUUGGUAGUUUCAACCGUCGUCGAGUCUCGUUCUCGUGCAAGAAUGUAUGUUGACUCGCAAUGCAAAUCAACAAGAUAUCCUGAUACAUGUGUUCAAACUCUUCUACCCUAUGUGAGCAAAAGAGGACUACCAAGCCCAAAACUACAAGCACAAAUUUCACUAGCAACAUGUCUAUCAAAAGCGCGGUUUAUGAAGACUUAUAUGAACAUGUUGGCAAAGAACUUGAACAAAACAUCGAAUUCCGGAGACUAUCAAGCGAUGGAAGAAUGUCUUCAACAGAUCAACGAUGGAGUGAAACAAAUUACGCAAUCUUUUAAGGAGUUGCAACAAAUGGGAAAAGACGGAGAUGAAAACUUUAUGUGGCACGAGAGUAACGUGCAAACUUGGGUUAGUGCUGCCUUGACAGAUGCCACCACGUGCGUUGAGGGAAGCUUGGGGAAUGGGAUAAGCGAUAGUGAGAAGGCGACGAUUCAAGCAAGGAUUUUGAAGGUGAAGCAACUCGCUAGCAAUUCUCUUGCGUUGUUUACUCAUUUCACGACAAGAUAUCGAGCGUCGCAUGGCAUCAAUGUUCCGUAA